AUGAAGGUAUCAGCAUGGACUCUUCUGGCGCUUCUCACACAACUGCCGAUCAGCUCCGCCGCGCCCAACUGCCCUCUUAUCGGACCUGAAUUUCCUGCUCCGCAGCGACUGGCCGAACAUCCGAUAUGGAAGAAAGCAGUGGACAACGUAACAGCAGUUUUUGAUUACAUUGAUACCAGCAAUAUCACUGGCGUAGAUAGGUUCUCAUACUCCGUCCAGAUUUUCUCAACCAAUCCCGGAGCAUCGAUUUUAUGGGAGCGACAUAGAACUGCAAAAGACCUACCCACCAACACUACAGGUGUAAAAAAGGUGGAUGGUGAUACAGUAUACCGACUAGGUAGUGUAUCGAAAGUGUUUACUGUGCUGGCCUUCCUUGCUGAGAGGGGCGAUGUCGAGUGGAACCAACCCAUCACCAAGUACAUCCCCGAGUUGGGCAAAUUCGCUGGGAGACCUAAGGCAGACGGCUUUGACGACGUGCGCGAGACCGAUUGGGAUGACAUAACCAUCGGAGCGUUAGCUAGUCAAGUUUCCGGCUUGGGACGCGAUUGUGGGCCAUUCAAUCACUCUUUCAUAUUGGUAACUAACUACUCGUUGCAGAUGGAGUCUUGGGAGAAAUCACACAAACAGACGACAUACCUGCGCAUUGGCAAGUUCUUCACGGGUCUUCAGAUCAUGUACCCUUCAUAUCCACCGUGGCAAACGGCAACAUACUCCAAUGUCGCGUACCAACUCUUGGGUUACGCACUAGAGAAUAUGACCGGCAAAAAGUUUGUUAAUGUACUGACUGAUCGUAUAAUCACUCCGCUUGGAUUGAACCGAACGUACUAUGAGACGCCGCCUGAAAGCGUUGGAGUAAUACCAGGCACAGUGAAAGACACAUACUGGGCUGCAAGCCUAGGUGAUGCGAGCCCCGGUGGUAACAUGUACUCCUCAGCGAACGACCUAUCAACACUGGGUCGAGGGAUCUUGUCGUCCAAGCUCAUCAAACCUUCCCUUACUCGUCGCUGGCUUAACCCAGUGACCUUUUCCGCCGACUUUCUUGCCUCUGUCGGUUCCCCAUGGGGCAUUCGUCGCAUACAACUCGCCAAGGAGACGCAGCCCCAUCGCACACUCAGUGUCUUGACCAAAGCCGGGACAUUCCGCAAGUACACAGCUUUUAUCACUCUGCUUCGAGACUUUAAUCUUGGCUUCACCAUCAUGAUGGCUGGCACGCCCGCGAUCAGUAACUUCUUUGGCGCUGACCUUCUCGGCGCCGCACUCAUCCCAGCCUACGACGCUGUCGCGCGCGACGAAGCAGACAAGAAAUACAGCGGCACCUACGUGGCUCGAUCGACACCUUCCAAUGGCACAUUUGGUAAUUCGUCUCUGACCAUCAGCACCGACCCAAACAAACCUGGCCUAGGUGUUGGCCCAUGGACGAGCAACGGCACAAACAUGGUUGAUCUCGCGAUCAAACUACAAUCAGGCUCUGAAUACGCUCCACUUAAACCUGAUGCGCGUUUGUAUUAUACACAGCUGGACACAAAGACAUCUAAUGGUACCAGACAAGCAUGGAAAGCCAUUUUCGAGGAUACUGGAGGUCCUGCAGCUGGUCAGCAAUUGUGGUCCACUGACUGUGGUGCCUGGGUCGGUGUUACAGGCAUCACUUAUGGCAGCCUUCCCCUCGAUGAAUUCAUCUUCAACAUGGACGGUAAUGGGAAGGUAGUGAGCGUGGAGAAUAUUGCGCUUCGAUUGACAUACUACAAGGAUUGA